AAGAGGCCAUCUUGGAAAUGGAUUCCAUAUAUCCUCCCAGGUAUCGUUACAGUCCUGAGCGGCUGAAGAAAGCUCUGUCCUGUCAGUCUGACGAGAGUCAGGGCCGUCGACAGUCAGAGCCGAUCCAGCAAAAACUACAGAACACCAAAACACACAAGGAGGCCGACGCAGGCAACAAAGAAAAUGGCCGACUACCUGAAGAAGACGAGCCAGGUGGACCUGAAGCUACAUCUGAGCAGGUUUACCCAACCUGACCCUGCCGCGGGUUUCUCAUAACCAGACAGCAUCUCUACCUCUGAGGCCUCU